CCGGUCGCCAUAGCGACGGGGACGCCGCUGGGUCGGGCCGGGCUCUGUGGUGGCCGGGAGGGACUCGAGGGGACCGGGACCGGAGCUGGGGCUGAGCCUAGAGCCGGGUCCAAGAGGGCCAAAGCCGUGGUUGCGACGUCGAGGCGGGAAGGCUCUAAACAAUGAGUCAGGCUGAUGAAGGAAAUCCCACUGACACAGAACUGGCAGCUGAGAAUGAGUCGCCUACCUGUGUGCUGCCUCCAGCAGCUCCUAGCCAGGAAGAGGGAUCCACUGACAUAACAGCAAGUCCUGCAUUUCAGUGUUUAGAUGAGCUAUUUUCUGCUGGAAAAAUUACAGACACCAGAGUUGCUGAGCUGAAGGAGCAGUACACCCUGCUGCAUGAGGCUGUGAUAAGUUUACAGGAAUCUGAGACCCAGCUGUUACAGGAAGCUGAACGCCUGAGUACAGAACUGGAGCAACAAUGUGACCUGGAAAAAGCAGAACAGCUCCCUGAAGAAGCUUCCAGUGAAGCUGCCCAAAUAAGGCAGCAACUUCUUAGCUGCCGAAGUGAAUACAAUGCUAUUAAAGGAAGAGUGUAUGAAAAUCGAUUGAAGAUAGAAUGUUUGCGAGAAGAAAAAAAGCUUCUGGAAAAUGAAUACGAAAGAAUUUCAAAAGAAAAGAAAGGCAAUAAAAUUAAAAAGUUGAAAGAAAAUUGUGAUGAGCUCAGCAAAGAAGUAAUCCAGAGGAAAGAGGAAAUUGAUUCAAUAAAAGAAGCUGUUUCAUCCAAGGAAAAGCUGAUAUUAACAGAUGAGGAAGAAAUGGAAAAGCUUCAGGAGACGCAGACUUUUUUAAAAGCUGAGCUGGUUAGGAUCCUUGGUAUUCCAAAGCAACUUGCAAAAGAAACUGAGAAGCUGAAUCAGAAAAAAAUUGAUGCAGAGAAGAAGAAUGAGGCCCUUAAUGACCAAAUAGAAGAAUUGAAUAGAACCCUGAAAGCCACUGAAAAAAAGACUGAAGAGAUUUUGCAAGAAAAAGAAGAUGUGAUGAAGCAAUUGCAUGACAGACAAACUUUGAUACAAAAGAAUGAACAAGAAUGCAUUACUUUGACAAAAUUACUAGAAAUUAGUGCAGAGAAGGAACUAGCUGUCCUAACAGACAGAAAAAUUCUGGAAAAUAAUUUAAAUAAAUGUGUCUUGGAGAAAAAAAAGCAACAAGAUAUUCUCAGUCACCAUCAAACACAGAAAGACAAAGAACUGAAAAGUUUAAAAAAGAUAGAGUUACAGCUGAAAGGGAUUUGGGAUUCCUUGGAAGGAGAUAAGGCAAAGCAUAAAAGACUCAAAUCAGAGGCAGAAAUUAACUCAAAAAAAAAUGCAAUAUUAUUAGAAAAACGACAAGAACUGCAGGAGGAGAUUGAAACGAUCAAGAGAGGUUUAGCUGAACAGGAAAUUAUAUCAGAUACGGAUGCCCGUGUGUUGGAAGAAUGCAUUGCUGUAGAACGCUUGCUUUUCAAAGAGCAGGAAAAAUGCAGAAAUGAGUUAUCCACACUUACACAUCUGACUUGGCUCAGAGCUGAUGAGAGGCAACUGAAAUGCAGGAAUGUUCAGAAAGCCAAGAUUCAACUGCAAAGUCUUGUUAAGGAACUAAAAAGAAAGGAUCGUGAACUAAUCACCUGUAAAAAAAUGAAAAAAGAAGUCCAAAAACAACUCCAAGAAUUGGCUAGGAUGUGUGAUUUUAUGCAAAUUGAAAAGGAUAAAUGCAUACAGUUGAUGCGUAUUGCUCAGUGGAAAGCAAAGGAAGCUGAAAACCGGGUAAAAUUGCUAGAAAAUAAUAUAGAAAAUUUAAGGAAUGCUGUUAUAACCAGAGAAAGAAAAUUGCAGGAAGAGUAUCUGAAGAUUAAAAAGAAUGAGAGAAUGAAAGAAUUGAUCAAAAAGGAUUAUUGCAAAGUUGUACAAGAGAUGCUAGAGAGUAAAGAAAAGGAAAAGUAUCUGAAUGUUGACAGACUUACCACUGAAGCCACACACAUGGAAGAGGAAAUUUCGCAGAUACGCAAAAAAUAUGAAAGGACUGUUCAGCAACAAAAUGAGAGUGGUCUUUUGCUUAGAGAACGAGAAGAAGAACUAGGCUUUUUGUAUGAAAAAGUAAACAGGCAAGAGAUGUUGUGUAAAAAUGGAGAUAGUAAGAUGCAAGUUAUGGAUGAAAAGAUCAGUUUUCUGAAGCUGAAGGUAGCUGAGAAAAAAAGAGAGGUUAAAUUGUGUUUUAAAGAGCUCACAGUGAAGAAUGCACUGGAUGCCCAUCUGAUGAGACUCCGGAUACAGUAUUCUGAGUGCAGGGACAAGAUUAAACAGCUGGAGGAAAACUAUGGUGAUGCCACAAAUGAGAGCAGAAAGCAAGAAAUGGGAGGGAAGGACCCAUCUCCACCUGAGCUACUAAAAAGGAUUGAACAGGAGCCACCAAAGAGACCUUGGUGCAAGCAGCAGCCAGGCCAGGCCAGCAGCUGAUACCUGACUUCAGCACAGCUGGUGACUGCCCUGAGAGACUUCAGAGGGAAGCAUUAGGUCCAAUGGAAAGCCAGUUUCAGAGCCCUUUGUAUGGGGGAGAAGAAGGUAAAGGAACAGCUUUUUCUUAUAUAGUUUUGUCUGUCCCAUUUAUAGAAGUACAAAACUCCUCCCACUGUGUUUAGUGUUUGGAGGGGAUUCACCAAGGGCUCUGAAGGUGUGAGGGCAGUAGCAGCAAGCUCUGAGCUUGCUUGACACCUCUGAGUCCUUCUUUUGAAAUCCAGUUUGUAAAGACAGACCCUGAACACAGCUGCUUGAAUUACCUCAGCUUUUUGCUUUAUUGUCCCAUAUUCCUUGACAGGAGGGAGCUCUGCAUAGCUGAGCAGGCCACAACACAGCCUGCUAUCACCAGCCUACUCAUUAAGAAGAAGGUUUUCUUGGAGUCAUGAUAAGUUUAAAUGUCUAUUUCAAUCUCCUUGGGAUUUAAGGUCAUUGUAGUUAUAAUUUGUUUAUGGAGCCCAUACUUUUUUUAGCAUGAGGAGGGGAAAAGUAUUUAAAACAAGAGCUGAAACUUUCCAUUAUGGUGUGAGUCAAGGAACCAGAAGAUUAUAAAGAAAUUAUGACUAGAAAAAAGCCCCAUUGCUUUCAAGAUAUGCACAGCAAGACAGUAACAAUGAUGUAACCCCUGCUCCCAAAAGAGCCUAGUCUGACAUGAAAGAAUUGUACAACUGACAGUAACCAACUGAAUCAAUUUGUGCCUGAUCCUUGGCAGAGAGUGUGUAAAUUUGGAGAAAUCUGAUAGUGAAGGUGUUUAUGACUGUUCACUGGUAUUAUUUCAGCAGCUCAAGGCAAUCACAGAACACUGUUGUGCACUUUGUCCCAUGUCCUUUCCUUACACUGUGUCCUU